ACCUCCAUGGCUGCUUCAAGUGCAUAUUUCCUAUACAUUUUAAGCACUAAAUUUACAGGAGCGUCAUGCUCUUACUGUCUAUUAUCUGCUCUCCUAUCAUUCAGCUUAUUUUUCAUCACUCAAAAGUUAAACUAUUUGUUCGGUGAUUUUGGGUUGCAACAAAUACAGAAAGUGGUGGGUUUACAGCUGUUUAUAGCUAGUUUGGUGGUUCUUGCUCUCAAUUCAUCAUAUAGCUCUUCACAACCUGUGCCUUCAAGCUUGGCUGAAAUUGAACUGCCAUAUUUUACAACUGAGAUAACAUCACCAUCAAGUCCUUUUGCUCUUUCUCUUGCAAAGCAUCUGCAAUCAAUUGGUGCUAAAAUGUAUGGGGCUUUCUGGUGUUCACACUACCUAGAACAAAAACAGAUGUUUGGAAGUGAGGUGGCAAAACUGUUGAAUUAUGUUGAAUGCUUCCCUGAUGGUUAUAAGAAAGGAACCAAAAUUUUAAAGGCAUGCGCAGAUGCUGGAAUUGAAGGUUUCCCAACAUGGGUGAUAAACGGGCAGGUUUUGAGUGGUGAACAAGAGUUGUCAGAUAUUGCACAAGCAUCCGGUUUUGUUGUUAAAUGAAUCUAGUCUGCCCACAUAAGAUGAUUCUG